AUCAGUACUCAUGGAGGUCAAAACUAUAUUACUUUCAGUUAUAGCGGCACAUACAUGCACAGCAGUCAAUGAUACCUAUGAAAGCAAUGUAGCUGUUACAACAGACACUGAUGAGCCAAUUAAAAAUGUUUCCUUUCCGGACAAGACGUUUUGGCUCAGAAACAAUUCAGGGAACUCUUCUCUCAAUCUUAAAUCAGAGAUCAUUUCAUUUAGUUUUGCUCUUCAAAUCCCAAAACUGUAUCACUUUGAUGAUUUUUAUGUCAUUCAGCCAUGUAACAGCACUAAUCUGAGUGCAGCAGAAUGCAGCCAGACUACACCAUUAUCUGGGCUAUUUACCAUCUUGGAUGAGGCUGUGCUCUUCAUCAAAGGUGUGCUGGUCACACGUGUCAUGCCCUCUUUCUACAUCUUGCUCCUUAUCAUUAGUAUGCCACUAAAUGCAUUGGCCUUGGUGACAUUCACCUGUAGGAUUCGAGCAAAGAAACCAGCUGUGUUUUACAUGUCUCAUCUGGCAUGUGUGGACCUGCUCUUCACCCUGCUGCUGCCUCUGAAGAUCCACUACCACCUGAACGGUUCAGAUUGGGUGUUUGGUGAGGUGGCGUGUCGUGUACUCAGCGCGGCUUACUACUGCUACAUGUACUGCUCUAUACUGCUGAUGAUGUGCAUGAGUGUGGACAGACUGGUGGCCGUGGCAUUUCCUGUCGCUUCUCUAACCUGGCGGAGCACAAGGAAUGCCACGUCCGUAUGUGCGCUGGUAUGGCUGCUGGCUCUUGUAGGUACAGUGCCACUUCUCUCCAUAAGGCAAACAUUUAAGAUCGAGAAUGUGGGCAUCACCUGCCAUGAUGCGCUUCUCCACGAUGACCCUGCAGAGCAGCAGUACGUUUAUCUGUUCUCUAUCCUCUCCUGCCUCUACUUCUUCUUGCCACUGGUCAUCACCUUAGUGUGCUACUCUAUCAUCAUAUAUGUGCUCAGUGCCAAGUCUGAUCGCUUAGCAACAUCAUCAUCAUCACACAGACAAAGGAGAGCUGUGAUUAUGACUAUCGCUGUGCUGAUAGAGUUUGUGGCGUGCUUUGCACCAACCAAUGGCAUCCUGUUGUACCAUUGUGUUCGUCUGGCCACUGGAGGUCACAGUGGGGCGGGAGAUUCAUCAUAUGCAGCUUACAUGUUGGCUGUGUGUGUUGGGAGCUCAAGUGUUUUCCUGGACCCUCUGCUGUACUACUACGGCUCCUCUCAGUGCAGACAGCAGAUCCGCUCUGUUUUUUGGUGGAAGAAGGCAAAAAGUGCAACCACACUGUCAAACACACAUACUCAUUCAAAAUCCUCUCACCUGAGUUGA